GAAGUUUGCUGCAAUUUGAGACUCUUGUUUUGCCACGUAGCUUGAACUUCUCGAUGGGAAGAUACCUCUUGUGCCCCAAAUGUUUUUGAACAUUGCAAAGUUUUUUAUUGUGAGCCUGUGUGAAAUUCCAAUCGCAAGGUGAGAUGUGUGGAAAGGGAAAUGAAUAAUGGGUUGUUCUAUCCUGGUCCUCUCCAGUGUAGUAUCCAUAUUGGGUGGCCUAGUGUUUGGCUAUGAACUGGGUAUUAUCUCAGGGGCUCUGCUUCAGCUCCAGACAGAGUUCAGGCUCACCUGCUUCCAACAGGAGGCUGUGGUCAGUGCCCUCCUGGUGGGUGCCUUGCUGGCCUCCCUGGUGGGUGGUUGUCUCAUUGACCGCCAUGGACGCAAGAACUCAAUUCUCUUCAGCAACGUCCUGAUCCUGGGUGGAAGCCUGGUCCUGCUCUGCAGCUCCUUCCUAGCACUGGUGGUCGGCAGGAUGACAGUUGGCUUCGCCAUGUGCAUCUCCUCCAUGUCCUGCUGUAUCUUUGUGUCCGAGAUGGUGUCCCCCAAACACAGGGGCUUGCUGGUGACCCUUUAUGAAGCUGGCGUCACUGUGGGCAUCCUGGCAGCUUAUGGAAUGAAUUAUAUCCUGGCUGACACCAAGGGAGGGUGGAAAUAUAUGUUUGGUUUAGCCAUCCCACCCACUAUGGGUCAGUUAGUCUCCCUUGGGUUUCUUCCGUGCAGUGCAAGAGCCUCUGUGAGCCGAAGAGCAGGAAGGCACAGUAAAAGAAGCCUUAGUAAUUCUAUUGAAAAUCCUGAAGAAAGGGAAAUGGACAUCAUGUCCAACAGACUUGAUAAUGCUACACAAUACAGUACACUAGGCCUUUUUCAGCGUAAGGACAAUAUGAGGAGCAGGACUAUUAUUGGGCUGGGCUUGGUCCUCUUCCAGCAGUUCACAGGUCAGCCCAACGUCCUUCUCUACGCCUCAACUAUAUUUCAUUCGGUAGGGUUCCAGAGUGACUCCUCGGCCAUUCUGGCGUCGGUGGGGCUGGGGGUGGUAAAAGUCAUCGCCACGUUAGUGUCCAUGGUGUUUGCUGACAGGGUGGGCCGAAGGCCUCUCCUUAUCGGCGGGUGUGCAGUGAUGGCGGUGUGCUUAAUGACCAUCGGACUUUUGAGCGGAUGUUCUGUGCUGAGCACAAAGAGACUCUGUAGCACUGGGAAUUACAUCAACAGCACUGAUGAUCGGCCAGGGUUGGACAUCUCCAUUGGUAGUUCUCUUAGGCACCUGAAUACGACAAACACCAGGGAGGGCAACUAUGACUCAGUCAAUUUGCUUGACAUUUUCCCAAGCUCUUUGAUUCCAGAACCAUCUCAAUAUGUUCAUGAUGGAUGGGUUAACUGGAUUGUCUUAAUCUGCCUAAUGGCAGUGGUUUUUGCCUAUUCAGUUGGAUUUGGACCAAUGACAUGGCUCAUUCUGAGUGAAAUAUUCCCUUCUGGUGUUAGAGGGAGGGCGUUUGCAUUCACCAACUGUUUCAACUGGGCUGCCAACCUACUGGUUACUUUCUCUUUCUUGAAUGUCAUUGAUGUGAUUGGUCUGUCUGGAAUGUUCCUUCUCUACGGACUGAUUGGAGUGGCAGCUGUGGUAUUCUUCUACUUCAUGCUACCAGAAACCAAGGGGAAGUCUUUGGAGGAGAUAGACAAGGAGCUCCGUCUGAAAAGGGUGCCGAAGAGUGACAAGUGCUGCAGCAUCAUUAGUUGGAGAGUCACUUCCCCAGAGUACCAAAGAGUGCAGGUAGUUAGCUCAGCAACCUAAUCCAGGAGGUGGUUGUCUACGUGUAUUACACAAGCCCCAUGAUCAUCAUGAAAUGCCAUUUUAUCUGAAACCAGGCAUGAUUGCCUAUUUUGUCAGGUUACUCUGCCAGGAAACCAUUGUGAAUUUGUUGCACAGGUGUUCUAUAUUUAUUUGGUGAGUCAAUAUUUCAGUUUGUAAUUAAGUAGAAAUAAUUUGUCAUUGAUAAUAAAGAAAAUUUUGGUUUUAAGUCAUGGAAUCAGAAUUUGCAGGAUACUAUAAAAUUAUAUUCCUAAUAAUUAGUGGAGGGUUAACAUCGGAACACCCAAUUUCAGAAUACACAAGAACUCUGGAACCCAACAAGAGUUUUGAGACAUUUGAUAAAUAAAACAUGUUUAUUUACACAACUUUUCAAAUACUAGUCUUCUACAUGGGGACAUAAAAAUAUAUACAGUGAUGUAAGGACUCAUACUUUAUAAUCAAGUUGAUUUUGCAUGUAUUGUAGUCAUUGCAUGUUGAGAAAUUUCCAAUGGAAAAAAGAUGCAUAUGUACAGCAGUGUCUUCGCUCACAAGCCUUCCAUCUCUGGCACUAAAACACUGGGAAAAUUCAACCCGUCACUAACACUUUUUUCCACAUCUAAGCGUAGGCGAUCAAUCACAAGCCCUACCUCUGAAACAAACUAAAUACAAAAAAAGGAAAAACAUCUUACUUUCCUCCAAAACACAAGUACAGAAACAUUUAAUUCAACUCAACUCCGGUGCAAUUAUAAUCUGUUUAUAUUUUACACAACCUAUUUUUUCUCCACAAAUCAGUAUUCAGCUCACAUUAUGCAUUUUCAAGAGUAACUCUUUCUCCCCUCACAGAACUUUGAAUGUUUGGUAAGUCUCUUUCCAAGAUUGAGUAAGCUUUGGUUAUGACUUGAAGUAAUUCAAGAAACUGGAAAGCAGCAAGUAUGAAGGAAAA